AUGGAUGGGGACACUGGAUAUGGAUAUAUCCCUGGGGAUCAGACCUACGAUGAUCUGAUCAACAAUGGAGUCUGGCCUGGCGCUGGUGACCAGUUUCUGUACGGGCAACCUCAGCAACAGCAACAGCAACAAACCCAUCAACCCCAGGACCUGUAUGCGAGCUUUGGCAAUAGCCAACCGCAACAGCAAUCCAGCUUUGCAAACACUGAGAUAUCUAUGCAACACCAACAACAACCAUACACAUCGUCUCCAUACACGUCGCAAUAUGUGUCUCAAUACCAACAGAAUCAUCGACCGUCGGCAUUCUUUGGGGCAACCGGUACCAAUGUGGAUCCAUCCAUACAGACUUCUUCAGCAUCCCCAUAUCGCUCUGGUCAGGAUACUGCUUUCACAUCCCAACAAUCCGUGUCUCCGCAAUAUUUACAGUAUGGAUUGUCAACACAGCACCAGCCCGUUAAUCGCGGAGUUCAGCAGCAACUGUUCCAACAGCAACAACAGCGUCAGCAGUCCCAGUCCCAGACGAAGCCCAUUACCAACACUUUUGACCAGAGAUCUCAUGACCCGUCUGCUUUGUACUUCAAUAAUCUUGAUAAUGGGAAUUUGCAACAUAAUGUCAGCAAUCAGGUUCAUUAUCCUGCGUUGCCAGCUGAAAGACAGAAUAAUGACUUUAGAUCUACUGUCAAUCCCAUCAACGUGAGCAAUAAUAGCCAGAUCCAGAAUGUUCAGCGGCAUGCAAAUUCUGCUUCACCUCUGAAUGUUCCCCUGCACCAGCAAAGUAGACAGAGUCAGCCACAGCGGAACUCGUUGAGAAUACUAGAUCCUGAACUGUUAAAGGCUGCGGAAGGGGACGCUGCUCGUCACCCGUUGGCGCAUGCUCCAUUCUUGACUUUCGAAACCACUCCAGUACAAAUCACCCUCACUCUGAAGAAUACUGUCCCAAAGUAUCACCCACGGAAAUCAAGAAGCGGAAAGGAGCUUGUUCCAGGGUUUGAUAGUUCACAAUCUCUGAUACCCGGUCGUGUUUCAGUCAAAAAGGAGCGACAGCCAAAAGCGGCGAAACCUCCUACACCCAAGUGGAAAGGAACAAGUUUUGGAGCUAAAAUAUUAGUUGGAAAACCCAGUACGUCCCGUGAAGAUGGGACAGGAAGCACUUCACGCGGACCAGCUACACCCACCGAAACAAGCUCUUCCGAAGAGGAAUCUAGCUCCGAAGAAGAGUCUGAGUAUGAGGAUGAAAUUACCUUGAAGGAUGUUAGUGAGAUACGAGGACCGAUUCGACCAUCUUCCGUGCCUUCUGCUGCUCGCUGGGACGUGAUUGGGAUCAUAUGGAAAGAUCCGAAUUCUAGCCCCAGUAGUGAUGCGGUCAAGUCAGCUAUGGAAGAAUAUGGUAAUUACAUAAUUGGAUUGCGCACCAAAAUCAAAUCGAAUAAGGAGGCAAUCGCCGCACGGCCAAAAGAUUCUGCUCUCACAGCUGAUCGAACGCAAUUACUUGAAGCUCUCUACCAAGCAGUGGCAGCCGCUAAUGAGUUGGGAUAUGAUGGGAUCGUUGAAAAUUUGGGCGGGCAUCUAAGAUUUGUAAACGGGCUGACUACAACCUUGAUCGAGUGCAUUAAGGCGGAAGAUUUCCUAGGAAAGCUUCCUAGAGCGGUCUUUACAUUACUUGCAAAAUUUCAAACAAUGACUGAUGAAGUGUUGAAAAAACUCAAGUUUGAGAGUAUAACAAAACGUUGGAUCAAAAAAGGAGAUCCACAAAUUAAUAAGGAUAUUUCCACUAUUCUUGCGAACACCAUUGACGCGAAAGAGCGUGCCAAGAAGGGGGAAAAAGACGCUGCAAAGCUUGCCUCACAGAAGAAUACACUCGAAAAAAUCACACAGACGAAAUUACGUACAGUAGAUGCCAAUAAAUCAUCUGUUGUCAGUCCAGCAAAACGACCACACGAAGGAGAUGCCGCCAACGGAAAGCCCAAUAAGAAAUUCGCAUCCGAUGCUUCUGGUACGCCAGUUGUCAAACCUGCAAUGCCAAAAAGAGCAAAUUUGCUUGGAAUCGCUUCAAAGCCAAUGGUCAAGGUAGCUCCUCCGAAGAAACGCGAGCCUUCUCCGCCUGCAGCGUCAAGACUUGGUGCUCUUCUUGCUAGUAUUGCAGAACCAGCAAAACCUCCAAAAGCGGUUGAGGCCCCAAUUCGACCACCUGAGACACCAGAAGAAAAGGCGCGACGUGAAAGAAAGGAGAGUAGACGACAUUUGAGAGUGAAGUUCAAGGAGGGGUCAGAUCUGGAGGAGAUUAGAGAAUUUACCCACGAAGCAGCGGAAGAUGAGGGCCGUCAACACGACAUGUUGAAAGAUGCUCAUGAUGAUCGUAGCGAGGGUAUGAUGCACAAGAGACGGGUAGCCGAGGAUAUUGACGAUGAUGACGAUACGCAACCUGGUGACUUCGAGGAUCGGACAUAUCGAGACCUCAUCGAAAUCGAUUUCAGUCAGAUGGAUAUGAAGACUGCAUUCGGAGAAAAGUAUAUCACCCGAGGUGGAAACCUGACAUUCAAGACACCGGAACAGGAGGCACAAGCAUUACGAGAGGCCCAUGAGAUUAUGGCUAUUUACACUAGCGAUGAUGACAUUCCACCAACACCAAAGGAACCACCUCCACUUGCCCUGGCCCAAGUUGACGGAGCUGCGGAAACUAAACUCGUGGCGGCACUCAAAGAGCCUACAGAAGCAUGGUUAUUGCAAAGACUUAAUGAGGUUAAGCAGUAUGGCCCAGAAUACGCUACACAGGUCUUUGUCCGCCGUUUGGAAGAGCAGCGGUCUGCAGCCAGCCGAGCGCGCGGUAUUGCUCAAACGUUCAGCGCCCCACAACCUCCGACAGCCCACGUUGCAAAACCACAGCCGCCUACCAUGGACGUGGCUGCCUAUCAAGAGCUUCUUCGUAUCGUUGCAUUACUGCAAGGCAAGCCAUACCCGGCAACAGAGCCUCCAGAAUGGAUGACCAAUCAAUCGCAAAGGACUAUCUGGUGGGAAGGAUACAACAGAGACAAUGUUGGGAAGCCCCAAGCUGUACCCGUUCCAAUCGAACAACCACAUUAUGCACCACCGCAACCUACCCAAGCACAACCAGUGCAAGCUCAAGCACCCAUGCAUCAGCCACAGGUAUAUCAACCACCACCACCCCUUCCACCGCCUGCCAACGUACCUCUUCCUACGACAUCCUCUGACAUCGGCGCCCAAAUUCAACAAAUGAUGGCGAGCUAUAACGGCAAUAAUGCUGCACCAGCUGCCCAGCCAUACGACCAAGCAGCACUAAUGGCAGCUUAUUACCAAGCUCAACAGCAACAAGCGCCCAUCCCUCCCCCACCACCACCUCCUCCCCAAAGAUGGGAGGGUUCAGGCUGGGAUGACCAGCCUUCCGAAACAAAGAAUCAUAAAGGCAAACGUGGCUACGAAAUGAAGGAGUGGGGAGGAAGCAACAAAAACGACUCCCCGUUCGAUGAAAACGGGGAGUACAAGGGGAAGAAGAAACCAUGUCGUUUCUUCCGCGAGGGCAAAUGUGCCAAGGGUGCUAAAUGCACUUAUCUACAUGAUUGA